AUGGCCUUUCACGUAGCUUGCCCAAUUACAUGCCGUCGGCUUUGCUUCUGCUCCCUAGGGUUUUCUCGGAAUCUCCGUGGAGCCAAUGCCAAAGAGGAGUUUCUGAAAGAGGUUGAUCGAGUGGAGCAAUUUCUCGUCGAUCCAUGGGGCUCUUCUAGGGUUCUUACGGAAGGUACGGUUCAGGUCAAGGUUCCUAAGGUCUCUCCUGCUCCUGAGACGGUUUCUGCGGCUUCCAUUUUUGGGGUUGGAGAUGGCGGAAUUGAUGAAUUGGCGGAGGAAGCUUCUGCGCAGAAGAAGCGUGUUGCUCUUCAGAGACAAGCCGCCGUUACUGUGGAGGCUGCUGAGGAUUACGCUCGGAGGUUUGAAUCUGGUGUCAAUGAGCUUCCUACAGAAGAUUAUGCUGGUGAGGAGCUAGCUCAGUCCGGGAUGAAUAUAAUGUGCAGAAUGUGCUUCUUGGGAGAAGGAGAAGGAAGUGAGAGAGCAAGGAGGAUGCUCUCCUGUAAAACCUGUGGCAAGAAGUACCACAAGAAUUGUUUGAAGUCUUGGGCCCAACAUAGAGAUUUAUUUCAUUGGAGUUCAUGGAAUUGUCCCUCGUGCCGGGUUUGUGAGGUCUGCCGUAGAACAGGAGAUCCUAACAAGUUUGUGUUCUGCAAAAGGUGUGAUGCUGCUUACCAUUGCUAUUGCCAACAUCCUCCACAUAAGAAUGUAAGUUCUGGGCCGUAUCUGUGCCCAAAGCAUACAAGAUGCCACAGCUGUGAUUCUACUGUCCCUGGAAAUGGCCUUAGUGUCAGGUGGUUUUUAUCAUAUACUUGCUGUGAUGCUUGUGGGAGAUUGUUUGUGAAGGGAAAUUAUUGCCCUGUAUGCUUGAAGGUGUACAGAGAUUCGGAAUCAACACCGAUGGUAUGCUGCGAUCUUUGUCAACGCUGGGUGCAUUGCCACUGCGAUGGAAUAAGUGAGGAUAAGUAUCUUCAGUUUCAAGUUGAUGGAAACCUACAAUAUAAAUGUGCCACAUGCCGUGAGGAGUGUUAUCAGGUGAAGGAUCUUCAGGAUGCAGUUCAAGAACUUUGGAAGAAAAAAGAUGUGGUGGACAAAGAGAUGAUUGCUAGUUUAAGGGCAGCUGCUGGUUUGCCAACAGAGGAAGAAAUAUUUUCGAUAUGUCCGUAUUCAGAUGAUGAAGAAAAUGGACCUGUAUCUGGGCGCUCACUGAAGUUUUCUGUAAAAGGUUUAGUGGAAAAAUCGCCAAAGAAAAGCAAGGAGUAUGGGAAGAACUCUGGACAUAAAAAACAUGGUAGUAAAAAAGGUAAUUACUCUAAGUUAGAGACCCACCAGGAUUUUCAUGCUGAAGUUCACCAGGAGAUUGGUUCCGAGAGACGCAGACUAGGUGGUGCUAAAACUAAUAGUGUGGGGUUUCAGAUGAUCGAACAAUCUGAUGUAAAUUCUUCUGUAGCUGGAAUUUGCUCAACACAUGAACCUAAGAUUGUAAAACACAAGAGGGUUGAUGAUGUUAUGGUGACGGAUGAGGAAAAGCCUUCAAGGAUGGUCAGAAUAAAGUGUAGUAAGCCUCAUUAUUCUGAUAGUGAGGAUAUCCAAAGGAAUGCUGGCGAGGAGAAAUCUGUAAAGGCGAAGUUGGUCAUUCAUCUGGGUGCUAGGAAAUUAAAUGUCAGUGAUUCUUCCAAGUCAAAUGCUGUAUCUCAUUUACCGAGAGACAAAGAUCAGUCCUCUUUGGGUGGGGAUAAAGUUGAUCAGACGGGUGAAGUACGAACCCUGAAGAUUUCUGGAAGGUUUGGGAAAACUCUAUCUGAAGGAAGUAAAGCUACAUUUGGGUCGAUCACACAGUUUCCUGCAUCAACAAGUGAAGGAAAUCAUGUGGAUGACAAAUCUGUGCAGAAAGAAGCAAGACCUCUGCUGAAAUUCAAACUCAGGAAACCCAAAUCGGGAGAUGAGACAUCUUUGGUUACAACGCAGUCUGAGGAUGAAAAGCUGAGUACUGCGAAGGGUCAAAGAUCAAAGAGAAAGAGACCUUCAAGCUUAGUGGACAAGGCUUCUUCGAAGGAUGACGGUGAGGCUACAACACAUUCUCAUCAGGACAGUUCAAGGAACGAUGAGAUGAUGGAUGCUAACUGGAUUUUGAAGAAAUUGGGAAAAGAUUCAAUAGGAAAGAGAGUAGAAGUCCAUGGAUCUCAAAGCUCAUGGCACAAGGGAACAGUGACAGACAUCAUUGGAGACACGUCCACAUUGUCGGUUUCUCUAGAUGAUGGAAGCACCAAGACAUUUGAACUUGGAAAGCACAGCGUCCGCUUCAUACCUCAGAAGCAAAAGAGGUCAAGGAGUUGA